UUUCCUAAUUUAUUUGGUUUUCCUUAAUUUUCAUAUUGAGACUAACAAGGACUCAAAAUUAUUGUUUCUUUCCUAAUCAUAUGGAGAAAGGGUUAUUAUAAAUAGGGUAUUUUUCAUUCUUGAUCUGAAUAAAAGAAAACAAGAGAGCAAUUAAAAAUGCUUCCAAACAUAUGACUCAAUUCAUAGCUAGACAACUUUCAUUGAAAUUAAAUCGAGCCUUGCUUAGAGCUAGACGGGUUGUGAGAAGUGUGAUAUUUUCAAAUUUGAACAGAUUAAUUACUAGUAAAUGUAAAUUAAAAGUUUCUUUCCACUUUCAACCAAAAGAACUUGGGAGAAGGAUCUUCCUAUUAGUGCAAAUGUGAGGGAUAAAAUUGUCCUAAUCUUAACGUUGAGACAAUUUUGUCUCUCUUUUAAAGCUAACUGCAGCCCGUAAAAGGGUAAACAAGCAUGAACCCUUGUUAGGCGCUGUGCUGACUAAUGAUUGAAGAGCAACGGCUACAUAUGUAUGUGGCCGUUGCAACAUGCAUCGCACGAAAGCGAAUUUUAAGACUUGCCUUUUUGUCUGGACCAACACUAACGGCUAACCAAAAAGACAGGGCUUCCACUUCCUCGUACGCGUGUACGUUGUACGUUCUGGACACGCGUAAUCAUCCCAUUCGCUUCCCACCACCGAAAAUCCGUUUGUAAACUCCUGCUCCCGCGUGAACGUCUCCGCUUCCUGAAUCCCUUCCUUCCUCACCCACCCUCUCUCGCGAAACGGCUAAUUCUUCGAAAAUGACGAUUCUGCCUUCUACGGACCGGAAGUACCGCCGCAACCCUCGGACGCCUCUUCUCCUCCCCGAGAAACACGAUGACCGCGAGGUGGGCUUCGGCUGCGCGUCGUACUCAGGCGCCGUUUUCAAUCUCUCCUCGACGAUCGUGGGGGCGGGGAUCAUGGCUCUCCCGGCAGCCGUGAAGCAACUGGGCCUGGUGCCGGGGCUCAUCAUGAUUGUCCUGGGCGCGGUCUUGACGGAGUCGUCCAUCGACAUGAUUCUGAGGUUCAGUCGGGCCUCCAAGUCCGCCUCAUACUCGGGUGUGGUCGGUGAUGCCUUCGGUGGAGCCGGGCGGACCCUAUUGCAGGUCUGCAUUGUUGUCAAUAACUUGGGCAUGCUCGUUGUUUACAUGAUCAUCAUCGGUGAUGUGUUAUCAGGGACACAAUUGGAUGGGGUGUGGCAUUCAGGUGUGGUGGAGGAAUGGUUUGGUCAGCAUUGGUGGACCACACGCUCCUCCUUACUGUUUAUCACUACACUCUUUGUUUUUGCUCCUCUCAUCUCAUUCAAGCGUGUUGAUUCCUUGAGAUACACUUCAGCAUUGUCAGUGGGUUUGGCAAUUGUAUUUGUGGCAAUCACGGCAGGAGUAGCAACCGUUAAAAUGGUGGAGGGGAGCAUUAGAAUGCCUCGCUUGAUGCCUGAACUUGUUAAUCAGGCAUCAUUUUGGAAGCUUUUCACGACUAUUCCAGUUCUAGUCACUUCCUACAUCUGUCACCAUAAUAUUCAUCCGAUAGAGAAUGAACUAAAGGAUACCUCUCAAAUGAAGUCAAUAGUCCAAAUGUCGCUCACGCUAUGCUCAAAUGUUUACAUUGCUACCAGCUUCUUUGGAUUUAUUCUUUUUGGGGAUCAAACACUAGAUGAUGUACUUGCUAAUUUUGAUGGCGAUCUUGGAGUUCCAUAUAGCUCAGUACUUGAUGAUGUGGUUAGGGUGAGCUAUGGCAUCCACCUGAUGCUUGUUUUUCCGAUUGUGUUUUUCUCACUUCGCCUCAACCUAGAUGGUCUUCUUUUUCCCUAUGCCAUUCCCAUUGCGUUUGACAACCAGAGAUUCUUCUCAGUAACUGCACUUCUCAUGGGAUUUAUCUUUGUGGGAGCCAACUUUGUGCCUAGUAUUUGGGAUGCGUUUCAGUUCACUGGUGCCACAGCUGCCAUCGCUGUUGGAUUCAUCUUUCCAUCCGCAAUCGCUCUUAGGGACACUCAUGGAAUUGCAACAAAGAAUGACAGACUAGUAUCAUGGGUGAUGAUCUUUUUAGCUGUCUCAUCCAGCACAGUAGCCAUCUGCAGUGACAUUUACAGCAUUUUCAGUAGCGAGAAAAGGAUUGGAACCUAACCUAAUAAAGGAGGACAACUUUUGCAAUCCUUGUGCGAAUUCCUACCCUGAAAUGCAUACUGGGUCUCCGGAUUUAUAAAAAAAGAAGAGCAAUGCUCCUGUUCUGAAUCAGAUUUCCGGCACCCAUUAUAGUAAAGUAAUUGGAGGUGACCCUGAUAUUUACAUUUCCUGGUUGCCAUACUUCAUACCUUUUUUUGUUUUGUUCAGAAUUAGAAAGACGUCCAUAUCUGCAUAUGGCUGAUGUUGUUAUCGUAGAUUCUGGACAUUAUUGAUAUCAUCGGCAAGGAAGUGGUGAUGGUGAGGUGACAAUGAUGUAGUGUUUCACAUGGAUGAUGUGUUGAUAUCACAUAUCACAGCCAUAAUUAAUUUCAACGGCAAGAAAGCACCAAGCUCAAUCGGAUACCAACUUAAAUGGAACAUUUAAUUGCUUAUUUAAAUUGAGUUUUUGGGGAUUCACAUCGACUGGCAUCACAUGACCUCUCUCAUUCAGUAGUAUGAGAGAGCUCACGUGAUCAGAUUAUUGAUUCAUAUGAUAUGUUAUGUUGUGCAUGUAUCUUGUCCUGUAAUGCUUCAUCUGUGUAACCAAAUGCAAGGUGUAUUAUCAUCUAGUAGCUUGAUAAAAUCACUUGCCAUCCCUAUAUAAAUUACAGGGCUUGUUUAUA